CUGUGUCUGUGUCUGUGUCUGUGUAUUUGUGUGUGUGAUUGUGCGUACAUGUGGCGUCAGUGGAGGAUUAGGUUCGAUUUGAGUCUCUGUGAUUGCGUUGAUACAAUAAUCCUCUCUUAUGUAACUGAGUGGAAAUGGAAAAAACACAAACACACACACAAACACACGCACGUAGAAAAACCCAUUCACACACACACUCACAAACAUGCACGUACACACGCAUACACACACAGACACACAAGCACACACACAAACACACACAAACACACACACGCACACACACACACACACACACACACACACACACACACACACACACACACACACACACACACACACACACACACACAGGCAUCCAGGAAUAUAAACACACUAAGUAUAAUCUCAUUCAGCCGAUGAAAACAUAUAGACUGACUAGUAUGGUAGAUGAGCACAUUAAGUUGUGAUUUCAGUCUGGUUUUGAUUUGUUCAUGUACCGUAGCGUACAUAAAUAAACGUAGAAUUAUGUAAAAGUUAAGUUAUGUUAAAUGUUGGAUACAUGGAAGAUGAAGAUGCAGUAAGUACGUGAGUGUUCUUUUCUUAAUUUUAAAUGUAGGAUAUAGUUGUUUUGUAUCUUAUCUGUUCACAAAUGUCUAAAAGAGAAGGCUAUGCUGCUGUUCUUAAUGCAGUUACUGUUGUUCGUGGGUUGCAGACCUUGAGUACAGGAAUGUAGCAUGUUAUAUUGUGCAUUGUUGUUGAUUAAUAAAUCCCAUCUUAUUUUGCUCAGAAGUUGGGUAUAGUUUGUUAACAGUUUUGUUAGCUCAUCAAUACUUUAGGCUGCUGAGUUUCACAAGCAGGUGUUUUAACCCAGUGUGUAUGAGGAUGUAUGUAUUUCAUACAGUGUUUUAUUUGUCUGGAUAUCAAAGUUUAGUUUCAGCUAUUGCACUAAGCGUUGCUAAAGGAAUGAUUUAAUAUUGUCUUAUUUAUAUAUUUGCAUGUGUGCGUUUGUGUGCAUGUUUAUGUGCAAAUGUGCAUGCAUGUUUGCGGAUGUGAAAAUGUGUGUGUGUGUGUGUGUGUGUGUGUGUGUGUGUGUGUGUGUGUGUGUGUGUGUGUGUGUGUGUGUGUGUGUGUGUGUGUGUGUGUGUGUGUGUGUGUGUGUGUGUGUGUGUGUCAGUGAGUGUUAUUUGCAGGUGAUGAUGCGAGGCUACCGGUCCAAUGGGAACGUGGAGGAGCUGCUGAAGCAGUCUCAGAUGGAGCUGUCCUGGAUCCAGAGACAGUUAGCCAUGGUCUCCAUACGCAACACUCACCUGCACACCAAAGGAAAGGUGUUCCAACACUCAUCGAUAUGCACCCACAGAGAAACCAAGCCCAGACACGAAGCUUCAUCCCUUCAAACUUCAGGACAAUCUGCGGGUUUGAACCAGUUCCAACUGCUUGAGGCCGGAAACCGAGCCCUGAAGCUUGAAGUGGCGACCCUCCAACAAGAGAAGCAGCGGCGGAGAACAUUGAAAGCAAAGCUCCAUGCGGCCCUGCAAGAGCAACAUCGGCUUAACCUCGAGCUGAUCAACCACACCCUCCGAUCCACCAAGUAUGACCAGGUGCGGUCCGACUACGAGCAGCUGAGGCGGACCUUUGUGCUCGUGAGGCGUGAGAGAGACGCAGCCCGGCAGGAUAGGACCCACCUCCAAAUCAAAGUAGAGAAACUGGAAGAGGUUCUGAAGCAAAUGCACGAUGUCGCAAAGGAGAGACAGCGGCUGCAGGUAGAGCAUGAGCGAGCCCUGGAGCUCCUGCACGGCAAGCAGAGGGAGAUUGAUUUACUGCAAAGGGCUCCACUCGAAGCAGACCACGAACUUGAAGGAGCAGUGCAUCUGCUAGAGGUCAAGGUUCGCGACCUAGAGCACAAAUGCAGGUCCCAGCGUAACCGGUUCCAGCUGCUGCUUGACCUACGCUCAGAGUUGGAGACGUCCGACGGCCCCGCCUCUGACUCCUCCUCCCCGUACAGGAGUCACCAGCAGAGGAACCUCCGACAGAUCCUCAGCACACCGCAAAUAGGAACCGGCGAUGAGCGCGUGGCAAACACACAGCCACUGAUCGACCGAUCGCUGUUUCCCCGCCCACCGCCCCAGACCAGACCCCGGGAAAGGCCUGAGCCGCUGUCCGUCAGGUCCAGCGCGGCGGCAACGGAUCGGCCCGGCUGCCCACGACAGGGGGCCCCCUCAGAGAUGGAGGAUGAGGUGAGCCCAUCACCCAGGUCCAAGGCUCGCUAUACAGGCCAGGUCCGGCUCUGCUCCGCCCGCUACAGUUAUAACCCAUACGAUGGACCCAAUGAGCACCCUGAAGCAGAGCUCCCCCUGGUGGCGGGAAAGUACCUCUACGUGUACGGGAACAUGGACGACGAUGGGUUUUAUGAAGGGGAGCUGCUGGACGGCCAACGGGGCCUGGUCCCCUCCAACUUCGUGGAGUUCGUCCAGGACAAGGAGAAGCUCGCCAUCCAGGCCGGGGAUGAGGGGGAGGAGCUAGGCCAGCCGGGCCACGCCCCCUUGUGCAUCAUGGGUGUGGAGGGCGGGGGCGGCGGCGGCGGCGGCACCCUCGACGGCGGCGUCCUGUGCUCGUCCAACGCGCUGGGCCCCUGCAGCAACGGCACCGAGGAGGGGCCCCCGGACCCCGAGGACCUAGCGGAGGACGUGGUGCCUUACCCCCGGCGGAUCAACCUCAUCAAGCAGCUGGCGCGCAGCGUCAUCGUGGGCUGGGACCCGCCCCUGGUGUCGCGCGGCUGGAGCGCCGGCAUGUCGGGCUACGCCGUGCUGGUGGACGGCGAGCUGAGGGCCACCGUGGCCCUCGGGGGCCGCACCAAGUGCCUGCUGGAGAAGCUGGACCUGGACGGCUGUGUGCACCGCGUGUCGGUCCAGAGCACCACCGACCGCGGGCCCUCGGACGAGCUGCGCUGCACGCUGCUGGUCGGCGCCAACGUGGUGGUGGCGGCGUGCGGGCUGCGCGUGGACGACAUCCAGCGCGACACGGCCGAGCUCUCCUGGCUGCCCAGCAACAGUAACUACGGCCACACCAUCUUCCUCGACGGCGCGGAGCACGCGGCGGUGAAGCCGGGCCGCUGCCGGCUGCGCUUCGUCAACCUGAAGGCCAUGACGGUGUACAAGGUGACGGUGGUGGCGAGGCCGCACCAGGUGCCAUGGCAACUGCCGCUGGAGCAGAGGGAGAAGAAGGAGGCCGGGGUGGAGUUUUGCACCCUAGCGGCGGGCCCUCCUCUGGCACCUCAGGAGGUGCAGGUGCUGUGCGGACAGGCGCCCGGAGUCCUUCAGGUGCACUGGAAGCCCCCGCCCCUCUCCCCGACCGGGACGUCCAACGGGGCCAACGUCAUCGGUUACGUAGUCUGCACCAAAGGACAGAGGAUCGCCGAGGUGCUGUACCCGCUGGCCGACUACGUCAGCGUGGAGCUGACCCGCAUCCAGUGUCUGGAGGCGCGCGAGGUCAUCGUCAGAACUCUGUCCGCGCAGGGCGAGUCCCAGGACUCGCCCGUCGCCGUCAUUCCAAACAACCUGCUGGUGCCUCCGCCCCCCCUGGCCCUGCCCCCGCCCGGACCCCAGCCCCUGGCGCUGACGCUGCACCCCCACAGCGGACCCCCCGGCCCCCCGCCUCCUCAACAGCACCCCCACCUCAAGUCCCCCCACCUGCAGCACCCCCAGCCCCAGCUCCAGCUGUGUGGCCCGCCCCCGGCGCCGGGACACCCCCACCAACACCCGCCGCCACCCCACCCCCGCCCCCAAAACUCUCAGCCCCAGCCCCACCCCCACCCGCACUCACAGACCCUGCCCCACCCCCACCCGCAGCAGACGCACCCCCAGAACCAAGCCCACCCCCACGGACAGACUCUGCCCCAGCCCCAGCCCCGCCAGCCCCACGCCGGGGAGCCCCACCCUGGGGGUCCCCACCCUGGGGGUCCGCACCCUGGGGGUCCGCAGCCUGGAGGUCAACACCCUGGGGGUCAACACCCUGGGGGUCCACACCCCGGGGGUCAACACCCUGGAGGUCAACACCCUGGGGGUCAACACCCUGGGGGUCCACACCCUGGGGGUCAACACCCUGGAGGUCAACACCCCGGGGGUCAACACCCCGGGGGUCCGCACCAUGGGGUGCCACACCCCGGCGGCCCACAGGGGCACCCCCACCCCCAAGGCCAACCCCGGCCCCCCAACUGUCAGCCGCAGCCCUUGCACCUGCAGCCGCACCAGGGCCUGAGACCCCAGCACCGGCUGCCCCUGAUCCCCCACCCCCACCCCCACCCCCUGCCCAAGCGACCAGUAAGUGCCAGAGACCUGGAGGCCAAAGAGCACGGCGGCGCCGGCCCCCCGCCCAGCGGAUGGGACCCCCCGCGGAUGGCCCCGGGCCCCCAAGGACAGCCCGGUGCGUGGGACCCGGCGCGGAUGGCUCCCCCGCAGGUACACACCCUGGAGGCGCCCCCGUCGGCCAACCCCCGCUCCCCCUCCCCGCAGAGGAUCCUGCCCCAGCCGCGGGGCACGCUGAUCCCGGACACCGUGGCCAAGGCCAUCGCCCGCGAGGCGGCGCAGCGCGUGGCGGCGGAGAGCGGGAAGGGCGACAGGAGACAGCAGGGGGGAUACGGCGAGCAGCCCUUCCACCAGCGCCACUCGGACGAGGAAGAAGAAGACGAGGAAGGCUUGGCGCGUGGACGUCGGAGGGGGCCCUCGGUCGACGAGUUCCUCAGAGCCUCUGAGCUGGGCCGGCCGCCUCACUAUAGUCACAGUGAGGAGCACCACAGCGAGAGCAGCCGGGGCUCCGACCUGUCGGACAUCCUGGAGGAGGACGAAGAAGAGCUGUACUCGGAGAUGCAGCUGAACGACGAAGGUAGACGACGCAGCUCGCACCACGCGCUCAAGGCUGGCAGCUCGCCGGGAGGGCGACACGACCGGGAGAACGGAAGACGAGGCCCCCAGGGGCCCCGCGGAGGGCCCCAGCCCCAGAGACGGCCCCUCAUGGUCCCCUCUAUUGACGGGGGCCACCGGGAGAGGGAGCGACGUUCCCCGCCGUACUACAGCGACUCCAAGCCCGAGGAGUCCUUCCGGAUCUUCGUGGCGCUGUUUGACUACGACCCACUCUCCAUGUCCCCCAACCCCGAUGCCGCCGACGAAGAGCUGCCCUUCAAAGAGGGCCAGAUCAUCAGGGUGUACGGGGAUAAGGACACGGACGGCUUCUACCGGGGCGAGGUGUGCGGUCGGAUGGGCCUGAUCCCCUGCAACAUGGUGUCAGAGAUCAGGGCCGAGGACGACGAGACGCUGGACCAGCUCAUCAAGCAGGGCUUCCUGCCCCUCAACACGCCCAUCGACCGGAUAGAGCAAAACAGGCGCGGCCAGCGUAGAGACCAGGCUACUCGGAGGAUGGUGGCCCUCUACGACUACGACCCCAGAGAGAGCUCCCCUAAUGUUGACGUUGAGGUACUACACCCAACUGAGCUGACCUUUUGUGCUGGCGACAUCAUGGCUGUUUUUGGAGAAAUUGAUGAAGAUGGCUUUUAUUAUGGGGACAUCAACGGCCACCGCGGCCUGGUCCCCUCCAACUUUCUAGAAGAAGUGCCUGACGACGUGGAGGUGUAUCUGACGGACAUCCCCUCCCACCACCACCACCACCCCCCCCAGGAGGAGUCCGGCGGCCGCGCCCCCGCCAACUCCGCCCACUGCUCCUCCUCUGCCGCCAACGCAGAGGGCAAACGGGUCGCCACGGAAACCGCCGACAUCGUGCCCGUGGCGCGCAGCCCGUCGCCAAUGGUGCUCCCGGGGACCAUGCGGCCCAUCAGCCCCGCGCGGGGCUCUCAGGGGCCCUCGGACCCCCGCGACGACCACGACGGGGACCCCCGCGACAGCCACGACAUGAAGAAGAAGAAAGGUAUUCUGUCCAAGGGGAAGAAGCUGCUGAAGAGGCUUUCCCCCGUCAACAAGUAACACGGCACAGAAGCGCACGCCGUUCCCGUGGCGACGCCCGGGCCACCGGUCCCGCCAUCGCUUCUAAUCUCGCGACGUGCGGCGGCGAGGAGGAGGGGAUGUGCACGUAGUGUGUGUGUGUGUGUGUGUGUGUGUGUGUGUGUGUGUGUGUGUGUGUGUGUAUAGGACUGUUGGAAUAUAAUCAUGUGAUCGCUUGUUUCCGUUUUAACUAUGGAUUCAUUUCAUGAUGUACAGUGCGCCGUGCCAAAUCAAGAGAGCGAGAGAGAAAGUCACAAAGCUACAUUAUAACUGUGAUUUCUUUUAUUCCAGAGGCGAGGGUUUUUUCAUGACGUGAAGGCCUAAAUCGUACCAGUUGAAGUGAAACAGAACCUUAUCUCAAGCAGGGUAGUCAUGGAAGACACAUUUAAUUAUUAUUUUUUAUAUCUAUAUAUAAAAAAUAUACAUAUAUAUGAUUUUAUGAAACAACAAAACAAAAACAUGUCAAUACCAUCCAUAUUGUGGAGGAUCGAUGUCAAUACUGGAAGGUAGAUGCUGUUAUUCCUAAAACAAUCCUAACAGGACUGUUGAGGGAGGCAUUGGGGAGGUAAUGCUGGCUGCUCAUAAACACAGAGGCUUUAGUCAAAGCAAUACGGUAGAAAAGGUGGUGGCCAUACAUGGCCUUCCACACCAUGGAUCACACGGAUACAAAACAGAUAUUUUUUAUGUGCCUGCGAGUUUAGCAGAUAAAGCCUCAGUGAUGAAGGGAACUCAAAACAUGUACAGGCACUAACAUGGGCAUUACAGCAAAACAGGACAUGUGCAACGACAGUCAAGCAACGCCGUUUCAGUGGCCUUCAUAAAAACAAUACAAGCUGACAUUCCUUGGGUUUUUCUGUCUGACAAGGGUUGAUUUUCUCAAUACAAAAUUGUGUUUUUCUUUUUUAUUUUUUGGUUUCUGCCAAGAAUCACUGUUGCAUUGUCAUUUUUGGAAGAAAAUCAUUCGGGGGAAAUAUGUUAUUGUGGUCUUGAAAACCGUCAUGACAACGUAAGUCCCAGACAACAUUCGGUUUGUCUUCCUAUUGCACAAAGCGUGUGUGUUUCCUCAGAGGAUCGGGACAGACGUCACUUUUUUUCGUGCCUGUGUGUGUAUGAAUGAGCAUGCGUGUCUAUGUGUGUGGGCAGUUUGUUGUAUGUGUGUGUGUGUGUGUGUGUGUGUAUGUGUGUGUGUAUGUGUGUGUGUGUAUGCUGCCUUCAUGCUCGUGCAUACGUUUGUUUUCUAAACUAACUUAAAGAAAAAAAAAGAAACAGCCAUGUCUUCAGGGAUCUUAGUGGUCCAGUGCUGCUAAUCCCACCGCCAUCGCUUUACGGUUUCCUCUUGCGGGUAUAAGGGGACGAAUACAGGGCCCUGAUUGGUCCAUCGUGGAACAUAACAGGUGUUCAAGGUGCAUCAUUAUCUGAUCAUCAUCAUCGCUAUCGAGAACUCGCUCAAAUCCAAAAUUUUAACCCACUUCUAUGCUACAUAGUUCUAUGUGAUAUAUUAUUACCGUAUAAUUGCACAAAUCUGCACAAAUCUAUGAGUGCCACGGGGAAGAUUUAGUGUUAUUGCGUUGGCUAUGGAUAGUUGGAAGACUAAUGAUUAUUGUUUAAUGAUAUAACUAUAAUGAGCUCCGACAAAGAAUAAGCUAGUAUAGAUAGUAUAUCAUCAUAGCUAGUAUAGUGCAAUAUUGAUAUGUGACAUCAUGUCACUGAUCGACAUUGCGUGCUGCUUUCUAAUUUUCUGGAUCAUUUAAUGUUAACCAGUUUUCCUUUUCCCUUAUUCAAAAUAAUGGCCUUAAAUCUAAACUACGAGGGAAAAUGGGCAGGAUAACAGAUUAUCUGGGAAAUGGUCAACCAAUCACUCUCUAGAUGUUAAUGUAGCCUCUAAAUAUGUCCGUUCCAGUUGAAGAUAACAUUGUCUCGACAUUAAGUCUCAGAGGGACAAUGCUUGAAGGGCAUGUGUGCAUAAAAUAUGAGAUUUUUCAUGGAAAAGAGCUGUAAAUUAAGAUCCAAUAAUCUAAAGUAAAUGAUCAGUCCUCGGGAAACAUUUAACAGACAUAAUUUCCAUACAGGUUCCCCAAAUCUUAAAUUUCUUUUCAAAUAAGUGUGUGGACUUUUCUCGAUUUUAAACACCUGCACUGGAACACAAAGCAGCCUAUAACUAGUUGGGGGAAGUUGGGAGUGCAAGCUAGAGAUGGAGUUGAAAUCAGAAAGAAACAGGGUUACUCCUUAGAUAUGCUAUUUAAUAUUUGACAAAAAUAAAAAGUAGGCUUUCCAACAUGGAAUGUAUGACGCAAAAUGGAGGCAAAGACAUGCAAAUGGAUUAUUAUAUGUUUUGUUGCUUUCAUUUUAUUCCAAAGCAAUCUCUACAGACAAAAGCCUCUGCGUUCAUUCACUGCAAAUUAAAAAUAAAAGGGUAUUUAAUGGUCCUAAUACCAAAAACAAUCAUUUGUGAAUGGGUUAGUGUCUCUUAAUGCCAUUGCUCUUUUGUACUUUGGUCCAUUUGUAGGUCAUUUCUAAAUGUUUCUACUUUGAUUUUUUCGUAAUUUCCUCUCCUGUAAAAACCAUUGUGUCCUUUCAAAUCAGAUGUUUCAGUCACUAGUUCUGUGUUUGCUCUGUGAAUCAAAGAUAACAAAAAGAAAGAAAAUAUUGGACAAUGUUUAUGGUGAAUAAUUGUGUGUGAGUGUGUGCAUGUGCAAAACUAAUUACACAUUUUAUAAUCAAAAUAAAUUUGAUAUUUUUUAAAAAUAAA